CGUCCAUCCCGCUCAUUCUAGGCCACUUCCAGCUCACCACCACCGGCGGACGUUAGAAAGGGUCACACGACUCACACCCACCGCACCACACCACACCACACCAAACGUGUCCUCUCUAUUUCUCUUUCUAGUUUCUCUCUUUAGGUUCUCUCUCAAUCCACCGAUCAUACCUGUUCCAGUUCCUUAACCAAAACACUUUUCCGGGAAACAAUCACUGGCUCGUGAAUCUGGGAUUGGAAUUGGAGAUCGGUGAUCUCCUUUUUCCUGAAAUAGUUCGAUGGAGUCGACUGCUCAGCGUCGCCUGAAAGCAAUUCAAGGACAUCUUGUUCCGAUCACGCACGUUCUCGACUCGCAUGUUCAAACCAGCACUACCGCCUCCGAGUUUUUUCAUAGUCAGGGAUACAGUGUCGUGCUUCCAGAAAAAUUAAACACAGGAAAAUGGAAUGUGUACAGAUCUGUGCGCUCUCCUUUGAAGCUUAUAAGUAGAUUACCUGAGCAUCCCGAAAUUGGCACAUUACAUGAUAACUUUAUGCAUGCUAUUGAAGCUUUCAAAGAUUACAACUACUUGGGUACUAGAGUGAGGGGAGAUGGAACAGUUGGAGAGUACAAAUGGAUGACAUAUGGAGAAGCAGGCACUGUCCGGUUGGCAAUAGGUUCUGGCCUUCGUCAUCAUGGGUUAUUAGAAGGGGCUUGCAUUGGACUUUAUUUUAUUAACAGACCCGAGUGGCUGAUUGUUGACCAUGCCUGCUCAGCUUAUUCAUAUAUCUCAGUUCCUUUAUAUGACACCCUUGGUCCUGAUGCUGUUAAAUAUAUUGUGAAUCAUGCUGAUGUACAAGCUAUUUUCUGUUUGCCACACACAUUGAACACUCUAUUGAGCUUCUUAUCUGAGAUUCCAUCUGUACGUCUUGUAGUGGUUGUGGGAGGGAUUGAUGAACACGUGCCCUCCCUUCCAUCAAAUUCUCAGGUUAAGCUUAUUUCAUUUGCAAAACUUCUUAGUCAGGGCCACAGUGAUCUUCAGCCAUUUUGUCCUCCCAAGCCUGAAGACAUUGCAACCAUAUGCUACACGAGUGGUACUACAGGGACGCCAAAGGGAGUUAUACUGACACAUGGAAACUUAAUUGCAACUAUUGCUGGUGCCAGCCUUACCCUUAAAUUCUGCCCCUCGGACAUUUACAUAUCAUAUCUUCCUUUGGCACAUAUCUAUGAACGAGCAAAUCAAGUUAUGUUGGCAUACUAUGGUGGUGCUGUUGGCUUCUACCAAGGGGACAAUUUAAAAUUAAUGGAUGAUUUAGCUGCUUUGAGACCAACAAUAUUUUGUAGUGUUCCUCGAUUAUACAACAGGAUAUAUUCUGGGAUCAUGAAUGCUGUGCAAACUUCUGGGGUUCUAAGGAAGACGCUAUUUAAUGCUGCCUAUAAUUCCAAAAAGCAAGUCAUAAUAAGUGGCCGAAACCCAUCACCCAUGUGGGACAGAUUGGUAUUCAGCAAAAUAAAGGGAAUGCUUGGAGGAAGAGUCCAUUUUUUGGGUUCAGGUGCUUCACCUUUGUCUCCUGAUGUCAUGGACUUUCUGAGAGUAUGCUUUGGUUGCCAAGUAAUUGAAGGCUAUGGAAUGACCGAGACCUCUUGUCUCAUAAGCUGUAUGGAUAAGGGUGACAACUUAUCUGGUCAUGUUGGAUCUCCUAAUCCUGCUUGUGAAAUAAAGCUUGUGGAUGUUCCUGAAAUGAAUUACACCUCUGAGGAUCAGCCCUAUCCUCGCGGUGAAAUAUGUGUCAGGGGUCCCGUUCUCUUCCAAGGCUACUACAAAGAUGAAGUCCAGACUUACUUUGACAGGAAGGAAGUAAUUGAUGGAGAUGGUUGGCUGCAUACAGGAGACAUUGGGUUAUGGUUGCCUGGAGGUCGCCUUAAGAUUAUUGAUAGGAAAAAGAACAUCUUCAAGCUGGCACAGGGUGAAUAUAUAGCACCAGAGAAAAUUGAGAAUGUAUAUGCCAAGUGCAAAUUUGUUUCCCAAUGUUUUAUCUAUGGUGAUAGCUUGAACUCCUGUUUAGUAGCCAUAGUCUCAGUUGACCCAGAUGUGUUGAAAGAUUGGGCCACAUCUGAAGCCAUCAAGUAUGAAAAUCUAGGCCAUCUGUGCAAUGAUCCAAGAGCAAGGGCAGCUGUUCUCACAGAAAUGGAUGCAAUAGGAAGGGAAGCUCAGUUGAGAGGUUUUGAAUUUGCAAAAUCUGUAACUUUGGUGGUUGAACCAUUCACCAUGGAGAAUGACCUCCUGACCCCAACAUUCAAGAUCAAGAGGCCCCAGGCAAAGGCUUACUUCUCUGCUGCAAUAUCAAACAUGUAUGCAGAAAUUUCUACAUCCGACACAAAUCCACAGAAAAUGUUAUGAUGAUCUUGAUUCAGGAAGGGGGAAAGAAAGCCGAGCACAUGCAAGUGCAGGGAUUUCUAGGUAGGCAAGAACUGAAGGGAACCGACUCUAGCUACCCAGAAGAACCCAUUUCAAUAAGACCAGCUCCACAAACAGAAGAUGAAGUUGAAUCGACCUCUCUCUCCUCCACCAUCCAACAUAUUUGACAAGGCUGUAAAAAGAAUUCCUACAAGUGGAGAAUGGAAAAGCUAGAAGAAGGAUUUCUCCGGUUUCCAAAACAAAUAAUUAUGAAUAUUGGAAUAAUUUGACCUACCACCCCCCUUCCCCCACCCCCCCAUGGUUUCUCAUACAACUUUCAUAUCACAUAAUUCCUGCAAUGGAGUGUUCUGCAGAGACUUGAUUGCCAUAGCCUACUGUUCAUUCAAUAGCUCCACAUGAUCUAUACCAGCAGUUUGAUAUGACAGAAAUAAAACAAGCUUUUCUAUUCAA